AUGUUGUUCGAAUUCAUUGCUCCCCUCCUCAUUCCCCACGUGGCCCUCGCAGACACCAGUAUUGGAGAACAUACGAUUCCAAAAGGCACACGUGUGAUUCUCAACAUGUGGGCCAUUCACCAUAACCCGGUCACCUGGGACCAUCCAGAGCGCUUUAACCCAGACAGGUUUGUGGAUGGUGGAGACCAUCGAGUCUCUCCUGGUGGUUUCCUGCCGUUCGGGGCGGGGCCCAGGGCGUGUGUGGGCGAGGCUGUGGCCCGGGUUCAGCUCUUCCUCCUGCUCAGCUGGCUGCUCCAGCGCUUCACCUUCUGCCCCGCGCCAGGGCACGGCCUGCCCGACCUCCAGGGCCGCUCCGGGCUGAUCCUGCAGCCAGACAGCUACUGGGUGUGUGCCAGCCCACGGGAGGGCUGGGCACAGGGCACCGGACAGCAGUGAGGGCAGGAAUACUUAGAGCACUCGCCUCGCAAGUGAGAGGAACUGGGUUUGAUUUCCGGGC